AUGUGGUCCAUUUUUUUGUGGACUGGAGCUUUGGUUAUCUUAUACAUUACACAUUGGGUCUACAGCUGGAGGAAUCCCAAAUGUAAUGGAAAACUCCCACCAGGCUCAAUGGGUUUCCCUCUAAUUGGAGAGACCCUUCAGUUCUUCUCCCCCAAUACCUCCUCUGAUAUUCCUCCUUUCAUCAAACAGAGAAUGGAAAGAUAUGGACCAGUGUUCAGAACCAGCCUUGUGGGUCGACCUGUCAUUAUAUCUACAGACCCAGAUCUCAACUAUUUCAUCUUCCAACAAGAAGGUCAAUUGUUCCAGAGUUGGUACCCAGAUACCUUCACAGAGAUCUUUGGUAAACAAAAUGUGGGUUCACUACAUGGUUUCAUGUACAAGUACCUCAAGAAUUUGGUUUUGAAUCUGUUUGGCCCUGAAAACAUUAAAGAUGGGCUCCUCCCUGAAAUAGAAAAAUUUGCCAAGAAAAACUUACAUCUCUGGUCAUCUUGGGACAGUGUAGAAGUGAAGGAAGCCACUGCAACGAUGAUAUUUGAUCUAACUGCAAAGAAACUGAUCAGUUAUGACUCCGCCAAGUGCCGCGACAAUCUGAGGGAGAGUUUUGUUGCUUUCAUACAAGGACUAAUUUCAUUCCCUUUGGAUAUUCCUGGCACGGCUUAUCACAAAUGUUUGCAGGGAAGGAAGAGAGCAAUGAAGCUGCUCAAGGAUAUGUUCCAUGAGAGACGAGCAAUGCCGGAGGAGAAGCGAAAAGGAGAUUUUUUCGACCAUGUCUUAGAAGAAUUGAAGAAAGAAGGAACAAUCCUUACUGAGGCAAUUGCUUUGGAUUUGAUGUUUGUCCUUCUCUUUGCCAGUUUUGAGACAACUUCCUUGGCUCUAACUUUAUCCAUGAAGCUCCUUUCUGACAACCCUUCAGUGCUCAAUGAAUUAACGGAAGAACAUGAGAAAAUUGUAAGGAGCAGAGAGAAUGUUGAUUCUGGGGUUACAUGGAAGGAAUACAAAUCAAUGAGUUUUACAUUUCAGGUAAUCAAUGAAACAGUGAGGUUGGCAAAUAUAGUCCCUGGAAUCUUCAGAAAAUCACUUAGAGAAAUCCAAUUUAAGGGUUAUACAAUUCCAGCAGGUUGGGCGGUUAUGGUUUGUCCUCCAGCUGUCCAUUUGAACCCUGCCAAGUAUACAGAUCCUACUGCCUUCAAUCCAGGGAGAUGGAAGGGCAUUGAAUUAAAUGGUGCAACAAGGCAUUUCAUGGCUUUUGGUGGUGGCAUGAGGUUUUGUGUUGGAACAGAGUUUACCAAGGUGCAAAUGGCUACCUUUCUUCACUGCUUAGUUACGAAGUACAGAUGGACAACUAUUAAGGGAGGAGAUAUAGUUCGUACCCCUGGUUUGGCAUUUCCAAAUGGUUAUCAUAUCCGGAUAUCAGAGAAGCAUAGUUAAAAGCAUUCCAAAUGAACAUUUCAUGCAUCAAAACAUAUCGAUGCAAUGCAAGUUACUUAUGGCUUGAGACAAUAUAACCUUUCACUUACAAGUUGCAGAGGGAGUCAUAAGUUGUCUUCAGGCAGUGUAGAGAAAAGGAGAAACAAAUUAUUCCGAAACCAAAACCACUUUGAAAAUAUAUUUUCCAUUCUUGGUUGCUUACCAACUUUUGUGAAUAGACUUGAGGUUUGCUCCCUUUUCCCUCUUCCUCAAUGAAUAAUGGAGAUUUUCACAAUGUUGUCUUUUUUUUUUUUUUGUAAAGGGGAGGAGGUGUGAGGGGGAGAAGGGAAUCCAGAAAAUGUAACUUACCAGUAUGAAAAUUUACAUGUAACAACUAGUGUAAAUGUUUCCAACUCAUGAUUUUGUGUCAAGUGCAGACUACCUUUUUUGA